ACACGAAAGAACACAUUUUCCAGUCGGACCGUUUAGGUGAUGGACCGAGUUUCCCUUCCGGAGCCGAAAGCGCUAAAAAGAGAAGUAAAAAAGAAAAAAAGAGCAGCAGCAACAGGAUUAAGACUGCAUAGCACCUCCAGCUGUUAUAAUGGAAAAGCUCAACGACUACCUCUGCAGAUAUAAAGGUUAUGUUUUUCCACUUGAUAUGCUGAAGGUAGAGAACAUCGACUGCCUUCAGAGCUUCGAGAUACGAGACAGUGACAUUUUUCUGGUGACCUAUCCAAAGUCAGGAACGAUAUGGACACAGAACAUCAUAAUGCUGAUCUGUGAGUCAGACUUCACGGAUGAAGCUGAAUUUCCCAACAAUCUGGAGAAAAUGCCGUGGCUGGAGUAUCUAGAGGGACACUUGGAUUAUUCCUCUCGAGCCUCUCCACGCUUCUUCACCUCGCACCUCACACCCGCGCUCAUGCCACCUGGACUCAAGGACAAAAAGGCAAAGAUCGUUUACGUGGCCAGGAACCCUAAAGAUGUUGCGGUGUCUUAUUUCCACUUCUGCCAUGCAUGGACAAACUUUGAGACCCCCAAGAGCUUUGAGGAGUUUCUGCAGCAGUUCCUCGCUGGAUACGUUAAUGGAUCAUCGUGGUUCGAUCACAUCAGUGAGUGGCACACACACAGAGAUGAGUACAACAUCCUGUUCCUGACCUAUGAGGACAUGAUCAUGGAUCUGAGGUCCGCCGUUGAGAAGAUUUCCCGCUUUUUGGGACGAGAUCUGGACGAAGCUGCGAUCUCCCGCGUUGUGGAGAAAGCCACCUUUAAAAAUAUGAAGAAGGACCCCAAAGCAAACUAUGAGUUUGUUCCUGCUGAGAUGAUACAGGGCACAUACAUGCGCAAAGGUACAGUAGGAGACUGGAAAAACAUCUUCACUGUGGCCCAGAACGAGAUGUUUGACCGUAUCUAUCAGGAAAGAAUGAAAGAUCUUCCAUUAAAGUUCAUAUGGGACAUAAAGUAAAGCACUUUUUAUGGAAACCAAGCCAAGUGAUGAAAACACUGUACUGAACUGUGAUCACACGUUUAGAAAUUAAAGGUUUUUUUUUAUCCUAAUUA